UCUGUGCCGCGGCUGCACACACUCGCUGCCAAGGUCGCCAAAAGAAGCAGUCAAACCCUUCCUUCAGCGAGUGCCUGCCCGAAAAUCGCAAGUUGGAAGAUCUCCAUCAAGACAGAGAGACUUUUAAAACUGAAGAAAGAUAAGGAAUACUUCUAUAAAAAAGUUAUCGAUGCUUUUGAUCAGAAGGAGCUGGCAUGGAUUUAAUUUUUAAGUAAAGAAAAAGAAACACGCAUGUUCGCAACCUGAAGUCCUGCGACAUAGAAGGUUUUCCGGAAUGGGUAACCUGCUAAAAGUCCUUACAAGGGAUAUAGAGAACUGUCCCCACUUUUUCCUGGACUUUGAAAACGCCAAAUGGGGAAUCUGUUAAAAGUUCUCACUUGCACAGAGCUCCAACAGGGGCCAAACUUUUUCCUUGACUUUGAAAAUGCACAGCCCACAGAAGGAGAGUGUGAAGUAUGGAACCAAGUGAACUCUGUUCUCCAGGACUCUGAAAGCAUCCUUUCAGGCCUCCAGGCGUACAAGGGAGCCGGACAGGAAAUCAGAGAUGCAAUCCAGAACCCAGGUGACUUCAUGCUCCAGGAGCGGGCCUGGAAUUCCGUGUGCCCGCUGGUCAUCAAACUCAAGAAGUUCUACAGUUUCUCUCUGAGGCUCGAGGAAGCCCUCCAGAGUCUGCUGGAGUCCCUGACAUGCCCACCCCACACGCCCACUCAGCACUUGGAGAAGGAACAGGCGCUGGCCAAACAGUUUGCCCAGAUCCUCCACUUCACGCUACGCUUCGAUGAGCUUAAGAUGAGGAUUCCCGCCAUUCAGAACGACUUCAGCUAUUACAGGAGAACCAUCAGUCGAAACCGGAUCAACGACAUGAACCUGGAUAUCGAGAAUGAAGUUAAUAACGAAAUGGCCAACAGAAUGUCUCUGUUUUACGCCGAGGCGACGCCCAUGCUGAAAACGCUCAGCAACGCGACCACGAACUUUGUGACUGAGAACAAGACUCUUCCGCUGGAAAACACCACCGACUGUCUGAGCACCAUGGCCAGCGUCUGCAAAGUCAUGCUGGAGACGCCAGAAUAUUCCAGUCGCUUCAGCAGCGACGACACAGUUCUGUUCUGCAUGAGGGUCAUGGUGGGCGUCAUCAUCCUCUACGACCACGUGCACCCCAUCGGGGCCUUCAACAAGUCCUCCAAGAUCGACAUGAAAGGCUGCAUAAAAGUGCUGAAGGAGCAACCGGCCGACAAUGUGGAAGGUCUGCUCAACGCCCUCAGAUUCACCACCAAACAUCUGAACCAAGAGUCCACUCCGAGGACCAUCAGGUCCAUGCUGCAGUGAGGACCCCGGACUCAGAUAAGACCCUUAUGUUGACAUUCUUUCAAAGGCAUGGCGGUCUUCAAGAGGCGGAACCGAGGGCAUGGUUGGUUUCAGCCUGGAUCAGAUCUCAUAUGAAGGCAGAGCCAGCUUCAAGGGCUGAAAGUUUGUCUUCUUGUCCUGUCACUGGGAAUUCAAUCUUUACAAUGACAUCGAAACCCCAUGAAAAUAUUUGUACUACUGUUUUAUUUCAUUCUUGUUAAUAUAUUCAUUUCUUGACAGUUUUAAAAGGAGAAAAAAUGCCUUGUUUAAAUUAUUACCUAAAUAUUUUUUUUUAUGCUUGGUGUCAUUGUAUUGCCUUAAAACGCACAUUUGGAGCUACUGUACUUUUUGAAGGGGAACUGCACUUAUUUUUGCAAUGUUGCCUAUUGUUUACAAUCAUUAUGAGAGACAAGAACACAGGUGGUUUUAUUUUUUAUAUGCAUUCUAAAUAAUAAUUAAAUGCGAUCAAAAGUCUGCAAUGGAGCCAAUGGUAGUCGCUCUAUUCUGCCUGUAAAGCCUUUAAAAAAACAUCCAAACACCUCCAUUGAGGUUUUAUAUACUGGAUGUAAGUAUAUAUCUAAUGUUAGAACAUUCAUAAUAACAUUAUCUAUUUACGUAUUUUCAUCAUUCUCAAGCAUUUCAAAAAUGUAUCAUGAAGUUUGCUUUUUUCCAACAUCACUAAUUAUUACUCACUGCAAACUUCACAAUAACACAUCACUUACUGUACAAGGUUUGCUGUCAUUAGGACGCACUGCAGACUUCACAAUAAAACAUCACUUACUGUCCAGGGUCUUCUGUCAUUAGGAAUGCCGACUGACAGAAUCUUGUUAUAUUCUCGUUUAGAUGAAGAAUGACUCAUAAUCCUCGCCAAGAAAAGAGGGUCAUUCUCGCCAUCGCCGGGUCUAAACUGGCUGUCAAAGUGUACCAACUUGUCGGAAUACGUCCUCAGCCUUCUCUAGACCAGGUGAGGGGUAUGAUUUAUGAUCUACUGUGAAGUUUGACGAGCAAGAGAACGAGGUAGCAGCUGAUCAGUCGAUCAUGUCAACAUUGGCGUUGCUAUAACUAGUUAGUCUGCGUUAGCGCUCAAACUGUAAAUCCGGACUAUAAGCCACUACUUUUUUCUUAAACUUUAAACGGUGCGGCUAAAUUAUGUUUUUUUUUUCCUCAGAUAACAGCCCCGAUAAAAACAGUUACAAAAUAACAAGCAAAUACACCCUAAAAAUUGUUUUAUUGUUUGUGCUACGGCCCCAUCUUAUGGACAGGUUUGCUCAUUGCAGAUGUCCUUCCAUUCACGUGUAGCACUUUUUUGUUUUUUCCCAACCAAAGUGCCGUGUUGGUCUUGCAGCUGGCAAUAGCGUUGCUACAUGUAUAGAUUCCUCAUUCAUUGCUCCAAGCAACAUUUGUAAAUUUUACAAUACGACUAAAACAAUUCUUACUCAUUAAAGCGUUCAAUUAGUUAUGUCUGUAGGAGUGUUUUCAUGCAUAUUUGUACGCGCUAUCGUUUUUGAUAAAGAUAGCGUCAUUAAGUGGCCCCACUCAGUGGCCUAGUGGUUAGAGUGUCCGUCCUGAGAUCGGUAGGUUGUGAGUUCAAACCCCAGCUGAGUCAUACCAAAGAGUAUAAAAAUAGGACCCAUUACCUCCCUGCUUGGCACUCCGCAUCAAGGGUUGGAAUCCCCAAAUAUGAUUCCUGGGCGUGGCCACCGCUGCUGCCCACUGCUCCCCUCACCUCCCAGGGAGUGAACAAGGGGAUGGGUCAAAUGCAGAGGACACAUUUCACCACACCUAGUGUGUGUGAGACAAUCUUUGGUACUUUAACUUUACUUAAACAUAGCUAAUAUGCUAACAGAUUUGCGAGUGUCUGUGUUAGUAUUAUUAACUUGCGAUGUCAUUUUUUGUUGUUGUUUCAGUUUUAUAAAUUCCUCAGUAAAUCAACCAAAAUGUCACCAUGGAGUAAUAGAGUCUGUUUAGCUGAUUGGAGAGCUACCUUGCAUAGCUAGUAGUUCCAUGACGAUGACUUCUGUUUUGUUGGAUCAGCCGUUUUACUGCUGUGUUUUUAAAAAAUUAUAUUUAUCAAAUAUUUCCGUUUUAACAACUAAUUUCACAACGUACAGUAUAUAUCUGCUACAUAUAGUCUGGUGCAGCUAAAAUAUGGGGGGAAAAUAUUCUCAAGUUUACCCAUGUGCUCUACAGUCCGGACCAUACGAUAAUGUCGCUAUUACUUGCACAAUUUUCAAGUCAUUUGGAGUAUUGUUGGUACUUUUCGGAUGGUUAUGUAUUGGGUUUUAUUGGCUCCGCUGUAAACGGGCUUAUAUUUACGUUUAUUUACGAGCUGGAAUGCAUUUUUAAAAAUACAACCCAUAAUAAACGUGAAGGAUAGGCAAACCUCCAAAAAAAAACAAGUGCCGUUCCCCUUUCACUUAAAACACUCCUCACACAAAAGAAGAACAUAUUUCGGAUGGCUUUUACUAUGCAAAGAUGUAUAUUUCAUUUCCGUGUGAAGAAUGCAAGAUGUUUGAUGAAAGUGUGCUAUUGGGUAAUAAAGGUGGUACAUUUCUAA